CCCCGGGCCAUGUGAUGUGUCACUGUUCUAUUUGAGGGCCGGACACCUGAAUGGUUUGUACACUAAGAGGCGUCUGUGUCACAUGUCAAACAGGACUUGUGAACGUUUCUUUCAGCUCUAUUCAUUUGAAGAAGACUGGAAAUGAGUCUGUAGCUACACUCGGGAGAAAGCGGUCGAGUGGAUUUGUAGACUGGGAGAGUAAGUGUGCAUCUGUGAAGAAAGGGGAUCUUUCUGUGUUGUGAGAGCCAGUUAUCCUCUCUAGAGCAGUGAGAGGGCCAGGAUGAUUCUGACGACAUUAAAAGGCAUCGGGAAGCAGCUUCUGCGGGUUAAGGUUGUGGACUAUAACAUAGAAGAUUCCCACUUUUCUAGAUGCCUUAACACGUUUGAUCUGGUGGCCCUGGGCGUUGGCAGCACUCUUGGCGCUGGCGUCUACGUGCUAGCUGGCGCCGUGGCCAGAGACAGUUCUGGACCUGCCAUUGUCCUCUCCUUCCUCAUUGCUGCCCUUGCCUCUGUCCUGGCGGGUCUUUGCUAUGCUGAGUUCGGAGCUCGUGUACCCAAAACAGGCUCUGCUUACCUCUAUAGUUAUGUCACAGUUGGAGAGCUGUGGGCUUUUAUCACUGGCUGGAACCUCAUCCUCUCUUAUAUCAUCGGAACUUCAAGUGUGGCCAGGGCAUGGAGCGCAACCUUUGAUGAGCUGAUUGGAAGGCACAUCGAAGUAUUCUGCAGACGAUACAUGACCAUGAACGCCCCGGGCUUCCUGGCAGAGUAUCCAGACAUAUUUGCUGUCUUCAUCAUAAUCGUUUUGACAGGUCUGCUUUCAUUUGGAGUGAAGGAGUCAGCCUUAGUAAAUAAAGUAUUCACCUGCGUUAAUGUACUGGUGCUGCUGUUCGUGGUCAUCUGUGGCUUCAUCAAAGGAAACCUAAAAAACUGGGACUUGAACCCUGAAGAAAUCCUCAGUGUCACCAGCAACUCUAGCUUGAAUAUAUCUGAUUCCUUACCAUCAAAGGAAAGUCUCGGUGAAGGCGGCUUCAUGCCUUUUGGUUUUACCGGAGUCCUCUCUGGCGCUGCUACCUGUUUUUAUGCCUUCGUAGGGUUUGACUGCAUUGCCACCACAGGAGAAGAAGUGAAAAAUCCCCAGAGGGCCAUUCCUAUCGGGAUCGUGGCCUCGCUGCUUAUCUGCUUCGUGGCAUACUUCGGUGUGUCUGCGGCCCUCACUGUGAUGAUGCCUUACUACAUGCUAGACAAGAACAGCCCUCUGCCGGUGGCCUUUAAGCAUGUGGGCUGGGAGGGAGCCACUUACGCAGUGGCCAUCGGCUCUUUAUGUGCCUUGUCGACCAGUUUACUAGGCUCCAUGUUCCCAAUGCCGAGAGUGAUCUGGGCCAUGGCGGAAGAUGGCCUGCUCUUCAAAUGUUUGGCUAAAAUCAGCCCACGAACCAAAACCCCUCUAACAGCUACAGUAACAUCAGGUGUUGUGGCAGCGGUGAUGGCCUUCCUGUUUGACUUGAAGGACCUGGUUGACCUCAUGUCCAUUGGCACUUUGCUGGCCUAUACUCUGGUGGCUGCCUGCGUGCUGGUCCUCAGGUACCAGCCCGAACAGUCCAUCGCGGCCUAUGAGAUGGCCAACACUCAGGACGAACCUGAACCUGAGUCCUAUAACGAGGGGAAAAUCGACAUGUUACCACAGCCGGAGGAUCGUUUCACCAUCAAGAACCUCCUUUUCCCUUCAAACACAGACCCGUCCCCUCUGUCCGGCUUCGCUGUCAACAUUUGCACCAGUAUACUCGGUGUUUUGAUAUGCGUCUUCAGUGUUAUAGCUGUUCAAGGAGGGCUGGCACCCUGGUCAGUGUCUGUCCUCACUAUCAUCAUGGCGCUCUGUCUGAUUAUCACCUUCAUCGUGUGGAGGCAGCCACAGAGCAAGGCCAAGCUUGCCUUUGAGGUUCCCCUGCUGCCGUUUGUCCCAGUCAUCAGUAUGUUCAUCAACGUGUACCUGAUGAUGCAGCUCGACAGAGGAACCUGGAUGCGCUUUGCCAUCUGGAUGGUUUUAGGUUUAUUCAUCUACUUCGGCUACGGUAUUCGCAACAGUGCAGAGGCAGUGUUGACUAGGUCCGACACCUACGUUCCCCCCUGCACAAUAAAGGGAGAGCCCAUGGCCCCAGAGAAGGAAGCCUUCCUACACAACACAAACGCCAACGGAGAUGACGACGAUUCGUGAGGAGGCAGGAGGUUCACUAAUCUUCUCUGGCUCUGUUCUUCAUAUCAACAUUCACAUCUGUUCAAUUCUCUGAAAUAACUGCAAAUCCAAGAGACAUGCGGAGAUUCUUUCACCCCCUCUAAUCAGAACUUUGAGUUGUUUCCUAAACGCAGCCAAAAAUGUCGUCUAAUUUGGCUGUUUUGAUAGAAGCAAAAAGGCUUAUUAGAACUUUAGGGGAAAGAAUCUCUUUACCGCUGAAAGCCAAGAUUUUAUCUCAGACUUCUGUUUAUUCUCUAGGUAGUUUUUAUAUGUUUUGCACUUUGAUAAAAUCAAUUUCAGAAACACAGCUCAAUCUGUAGAAAGCAAAGAAACCAAAGGCAAAGCACAAGUAGUUUUAAUGAAAUGGAGGUUUUAUCAAAGCAUCUGUUUUUACAUUCACCUAUUAAACUUUUUUUUAGGGUUCUUGAAUCUGCAGAAUAUCAGAAUGAUGACCCCUAUUCAUUGUUUUGCAAUAGUAUAUUUGACGUCAGCUUUUUUUUUAAUGAGAGUUCAGUAUUUGAAAUUGCUCAACAUGUUGAAAUGUUGGCCGCUCACAUUAAGAACAUUACGAAAGACAAAACCUUUUGCAAAAAAAAAAUGAAUGAGGCUCAUCAUUUAUUUCGGCAUGUUUGCAGACAUUUAGCAAAUGUUCCAGUAAACGUCUUGGUGCGGUAGGAGGCACAGUGCUGGCUACUGUGUCCAAAUCCCAUGGGAGAUUAUUUUUUCAAUCCACAUCCCUUUUUAUAUCACACUGUAAUUGAUUUGCAUUAAUUAAGAAUAAUGUGUCGAGCAAAUAAUGAUUCUCAAACACA